AUGAAAGUCAAACUGGCGUAUGGGCGCGACGGCUUGGAAGUCGAUUUGCCCCGAGAGCGCACCACGGUAAUCGAGCCUACCUAUGUUCCCGGGUUGCCGGACGCCGAGGGCGCAAUCCGGACAGCACUGCGCAACCCCAUAGGCACAGCACCGUUGAGGCAGAUUGUUAAGCAGGGUCAAAGUGUUGCGAUAUCCGUGUGCGACAUCACGCGCCCCAUGCCGAGCAGAACCCUGCUGCCCGUACUGCUGGGCGAACUACGCCAUCUGCCGCCACAAGACAUCACCAUUCUCAUCGCUACGGGAACACACCGCACCAACACCAAUGAAGAACUCGCCGAGAUGCUUGGUGAAGACGUAGUUGGCAAGUACCGCGUGGUCAAUCAUGACGGCUUCGACGACGACUUAUUGGAGAAGAUAGGCAGCACGGAGGCCGGCAUUGAAGUUAGUCUCAAUAGGCGAUGGGUGGAGAGCGAUGUCCGCAUAACGACCGGAUUCGUGGAGCCGCACUUCUUCGCGGGUUUCAGUGGAGGGCCCAAGAUGGUUGCGCCGGGCCUUGCGGGCUUUCCAACUAUAAUGCGCCUGCACGACGCAGCAAUGAUCGGACACCCCGAUGCCAGAUUCGCCGUGACCGUCGGCAACCCUAUUCACGAUGCCAUCAGGGAGAUCGCGGGCAUGUCGGGCGUAGACUUCGCGGUUGAUGUGACGAUAAAUCGUGAGCAUCGUAUAACCAGCGUGUACGCCGGAGAAUUAUUCGCAGUUCAUAAUGCCGCGCGCGCGGUCGCCCGCCGGCUCGCUAUGCAGCCCGUGAACUCGGCGUUCGAUGUCGUGCUGACGACCAAUAGCGGGUAUCCGCUUGACCAGAACCUGUACCAGGCUGUGAAGGGUAUGUCCGCCGCCGCUCAGGUCGUGCGGGACGGUGGCAGAAUAAUAUGCGCUGCCGAGUGCUCUGAAGGCAUCCCUGAGCAUGGUCAGUACCGCCGCAUACUAGCAUCUCGCGGCAGUCCGGCAGAACUGCUGGAGAUGAUUCAGCAACCGGGUUUCGAUCGACAUGACCAGUGGCAGGCACAAAUUCAGGCGCAAAUACAGAUGAAAGCGGAUGUGUAUCUGAAGUCCGGCUUUCUCACGCCACAGCAGGUCGCUGAAGCACACCUCAAGCCAGUGGAGCACAUCGAAGACGCAAUUGCCGAAUGCGGGCCGGACGCUCAGAUAUGCGUACUGCCCGAGGGACCACAGACUAUUCCAUUCAUUGCUUCGAAUGAAUAG